UAUGAAUUAAAAACUAAAUAUAUGUGAUAGUAAUGAUGAGUAGUUUUAUUUAUAUUACAGGGUAAUGCUUUAUCUGCAAGUGACAUUGCCACGGCUGCUGCAGUAUAUGCAAAUCAGGAUGAGUCUAGACUGUGGCGAGCGAAAAUUUGGGGGUGGGCAGUCGAGUUAUGCUCCCCCAGCAAUCAAGUAUAUUAUUUUUCUACAGAAAAUAAACCAGGUACAUCUCAGCGUUGGUCAAGGAUCCAUUCUCUUGACGAGAUUUGAUGAGCACGGAAUCCCGUUCGAUAUGCAGGUAUUUCAACGCAAGUACGAUUACAGUCCAAAAAUCUUUGUUCACAAGCUCAUCAGAAAAUUGUCAAACCUGGCCAUAAAUCAUGACGCAGUAGGUCUCCACUCAGAACGAGAUUUUCCGUGUAGCCCAAUUAUGAUAAAUGACGAAAUUCAUUUACAAAUCCUAACAGGCAAGGUGAAGGUCGUGGGAAGAAUCGCCAAGACGGCGGAGAGAAGUGUUCACAUCGAUGACGGGACGGUGGUGGAUGACGUCGACGUCGUGGUGUUUGCUACUGGAUACGAUCGACAUCUUCCUUUCCUCGACAACAGAUUGGUCGAUUCGGCUCAAGCUAUUAGCGACCAGUUCGCUGAUUUUCCAUACUAA